CAAAAUAAAACUGAAAAAGAAAAAAAAAGAGUAAGAAACAGCAAGUUGCCGCAGGUGCGAGGCGAGAGCUUCAGAGUCGCGAGGUUGAAGACGACGCCUUGGAACAGAACAAGGAAGAGAGAGGGGGGAAGAGGUCGCCACGCCAUGGGGAUCCGGUUCGUGCUGUUCGUGAACAAGCAGGGCCAGACGCGGCUGGCGCAGUACUACGAGCACCUCUCCAUCGACGAGCGCCGCGCCCUCGAGGGCGAGAUCGUCCGCAAGUGCCUCGCCCGCACCGACCAGCAGUGUUCGUUCGUGGAGCACCGCAACUACAAGGUGGUGUACCGGCGGUACGCCUCCCUCUUCUUCCUCGUCGGCGUCGACAACGACGAGAAUGAGCUAGCUAUUCUUGAAUUCAUUCAUCUCUUUGUUGAAACUAUGGACCGCCAUUUCGGCAAUGUGUGUGAACUGGACAUCAUGUUCCAUCUAGAGAAGGUGCACUUUAUGCUGGAGGAGAUGGUGAUGAAUGGCUGCAUAGUAGAGACAAGUAAACAGAACAUCUUAGCACCAAUCCAGCUUAUGGAGAAAACUUCUUAGAGUAGCACUCUGUAACUACCUAGUUCAUACUCUCUUCCUCUGUGGUGCUGUACCUUUCAUCUAGUUGAAAGCAUAAAACAAUGUGUCUGCUGUUCUGCACAUAUUAUUGAAAUUAAGUGACAUGAGAUGAUAAAUUGCUUUUAUUAUGCUAAGUACAAAAAUGCAAUGCAUUUGUUUUUUCA